AUGGAGGAUUUGAAGGUGCAAAGAAUAAUGGACUCUUUAGGCUUUACAAGAAAUCAACUACCAUUUAAAUAUCUGGGGAUUCCUAUAUGUUCUAAGAGGAUUUCAGCAAAGGCAUGUGAAGUUUUACUGGAGAAAAUGACCCAACGGAUACGAAGCUGGAGUACCAGGAAACUUUCCUAUGCCGCCGGUAAAGUAAAUUUGGUGAAUUUAGUGUUGUUGUCUAUUCAUACUUAUUGGGCUCAAAUCAUGGUCCUUCCAUCAAAGAUUUUGCAGCAAAUUAAUACAAUUUGCAGGAAUUUUUUAUGGAAAGGAAUGGCUGAGUCUAAUAGUUCAGGGCAGGUCUCUUGGGAUGUAGUAUGUAGGCCUAAAGCUGAAGGAGGUCUAGGCUUUAGGAGGAUUAAGGAAUGGAAUGAAGCAGCUAUUGGUAAGUAUGUAUGGGCAGUGGCUUCGAAAAAAGACUCUUUAUGGGUUCGAUGGAUACAUGCUGUGUAUAUUGGUGAUGGAGACUGGUGUGACUAUAAAGCUCUGAAUGGCAGUAGUUGGUAUUGGAAGCAGAUUGUUAAAGUUAAGGAGAAGUACAAGGAACUUAACUUGACUCAUCUCCGUCCUAACGGGGUUUAUAGGAUAGCUGAAGGUUACAAAGCUCUUGUUCUCACUCAUCAAAAGGUCUCAUGGCAUAGGGAAGUUUGGAAUAGAACCAUCAUACCAAAGCAUAGAUUUAUCUUAUGGCUUGCGGUUCUAGAUAGGUUACAACUGAAAGAUAGAUUGUUUCGUUUCAACAUAACAACUGAUUACCUAUGUCUUUUAUGUGGUAGUAACAGGGAAACAAGAGAACAUGUAUUUUUUUACUGUCAUUUGAGCUCUUCUUGCCUGAGGCAAAUCAAGAGCUGGCUGGGAUGGAAGACGGCAGCUACCACUACACAUAAGUUGUUGCGGUGGAUUGCUAAGGCCAGAUUAACUCAGUUCAGGAAACAAGUCUUUAUUGUGUCACUGACAGCUUUGAUAUACCAGGUUUGGUGGUGUAGAAAUGAGGCACUGUGGAAUCAAAAAGUCUAUCCAGCAACUAUACUUGUUCAAAGAACUCAAUUUAAUGUAAAGCAUAUAAUUAGAAGUAUUAUGCCUAACAAAAUUCAGUUGAUGGAUAGAUAUUGGUUUGAGAAAUUGUAA